AUUGGGGCUCAUGGAAGAAAGAGGCGGAGGGUCUCGGCAAUUCCGCCUCCCGUUGCCUCCUUUGAUAUGAUUGGUCACUCAUCGAGUUCAACUUCAUCUUCAAAUGAACGUCUCCUCGACUCACUACUGUCCCGAUGGUUUGGUCUCAUAGUAUUAUGGCCAUUGACUCUGACCCCCUUUUCGAUUCUUCACGCGUUGUUCCCUCCAUGGGCUAAGUAACGCAGCCAACAUCCGCGCUGGACAGGCUUGGGCUGAACCUCUCCAUAGGGUGCGCAGACAGACACAAGCCUGGCAUAACCUGGCAUAAUCACUGCCCAACAGCUUGGAGUCUCCCAUAGACCCUCGAAAUACUUGUCCUUCGAUUUAAACAGAGAUGGCUCUACUGCAAAACGAAGAGUUUGCCAUCUGGUAUCUUCGGACGUCGUAUCUUGCAAGUGUUAAGGACGGCGUUGCAGAACGACUGAUCAACGUCAACUCAUCAAUAUUAAACACCCCAGGAUUUCGUGCUGCUGGAUGGUCUGCAGACCCAGUUCAGCGGACCUAUUCCCCACCAAUACCCACCGCAAUCAAUUCAGAAUACUUUCAGACCACCGCCGAGCUACAACUAACAACAUCUGCUCAAGACGAGGAUGAUGAAGGCGGACUCGUCACAGGUCGCACGAGCAAUGACACCAUCGGCCCCGGUUUCAACGCUCGUCGAAGGAGGAAGAGGGAGCAUGUUGAGGACGAUGAUUCCAGUGACUUGACGGAUGAAUCGGAGGAAGAAGCCGAGGGUGCUCAGAGAGCUGCUCAGCAAAUCCGAUUUGCCAAAAUGCCUUCUCGCAAUAGAGCUGACUCCUCGCCCAUCCGUACUUCAAAUGGACCAGAAGCACUCACCUCCUCGCCUUCUAAACGCUUCACCGAUAAUCGACGCCGCACUGGAUCUCUCGGGGCGGUUGAGGCGGUGAAAGCUCGGGCAAGGAGAGACACGACGACUAGUAGCGACAUGUCAUCCGAGAACGAGGUUGAUCCAGCCUACUUCCAACGGCGCCAGCUCUAUCAAAGCCAUAGUUCUCGAUCUGGCACGCUGCCAGUAACCGGAGUAGAUGAUUCAAUCCGCCAUUUGCCUUCACUCUCUGAGCGUGGGGACCUCCAUGACGACUCCGAUGCCGAUUCCGACGGCUCUGCUUUAUCAUCGGAUCUUGGAGGCACCGUCGACUCCGAAUCUAUCCUGAACCCAAUGACUCAGUCAACUCUCACAUCGUCACCACCAGGCUUGCAUAGCCUAGCGGGCGCGGAACUCCCAUUGCCUGUGCCUGAAUCUCCCCGGAGGCACCGCACGGUCUCUAUUCUCCAUGAGCUACCUCCACCACGCCCUAUCAGUAUGAUGCAACCUACCAGUCUUCUCUCUGCGGCGUUCAAUGCACAGAAAAAGACUCCAGAGAACCCCAUUCAAGCAUUCGCAACAAUGUCUGGCAAAGGGACGCCGAACCCUCUAUGGAUCAAAAUGUAUGCUCCCUUUUCAGACCGAGCCACUGAGCCACUCGAGAUGCCAUUGGCUCGAAAUUCUCAAGAUGGCAACGCCCCGAGUGUCGCUGAACUGAUUGGAUUCGGCCUCUGGACAUACGGGGAGGAGGAGCGACAACCCAACUUGGCGCCCGAGCAACUCAAUGUCAACAAAUGGACACUGCGCAUUGUGGAGGAUGGCGAAGUGGACGACGAUUUCCCUCCCCUAGGUCGAACGCGACCAGUGACAGAUUUCACGUACAACAACAAUCGUGGAGGUCGGGCUCGCUCCAGGGAGAAAUCUUUUGAUGAAUUUGCUCUUGUUGAAGCCUCUCCGACGCAAUUGGAGGCCAACAAUAAAGAAACUCCACAAUUCACGCCUCCUAUCCCAGAAGAGGUGACUGCUAACCCGGCCAUGUCCCUUGAUUCACCCCCGUCGCAUGGGCCGGUGCCAGCACGUGUCACCGGUUUGAAAACGAACAUUCUUCUGGCGGGGCAACCGUUCACCUCAGCCUUGUCCAACACAGCUCUCACCCCAGCGGAUCGACCUGCCCCUGCUGGACCGCAGGCGACUCCUCGAAUGGGACUCACCAAAACCAUCAAAGUACGAUACUUCGACCUUCAGAUGGCCACGCAGACCAUGACCAUGGAGCUUUCAGCGGACAGUUAUAUCGCAGAAAUCUUGGAUCACGUAUGCAAGCGAUGGAAUUUGGAAAAAGCUGGUUUCCUGCUCAAGGUUGCCGGGACCAAUACGGUCGCACCAUUGGAUCGGACCAUCGAAGCUCUCGGAAACCGAUCUGACCUUGAUCUUGUGAGGAAAAGGUUCGGCGCCGGGGUCAGCCUGACAGGGUCGCCGGGAAGUGCAUCGCCUAAUGCACCUCUACUGCUCGAUAUCCAGGGCGUCAAAAAGGGCAAGAAGGGACAAUCGCUACAUCCACUGGCGCAGAAGCAGGAUCUCAUGUCAAGCAGCAGCAAUUUCAAGAAAUACUAUGUCACUCGGAAGCAGCUAGCACCGUUCGCGCAAGGGAGUCAACGGGUGCUCGUCUUUGACGGAGACACAAUUCAUGUGAUGCCAGCGGACAGUACCUCCAGCGCCAAAUUCAGCUCGAUCGCCUUCAACGACAUCCUCCGAUGCAAGGUCAGCACGAAGCACUCCAAGCUUGUAAGGGUCCUUGUUCGAAGGGUCAAUGAAUCCAAGAGAUACGAUUUUGAAGCACGCACUGCGGGAGAGGCUCAGGAGAUUGUCGAUGAAGUAAUCCGGGAGAUGAGAUUAGCGAGAGCCUAGGUCGAAGCUUGGCCUGCGAAGAGCCGGUAGACCUCACAUGAGACACGUAGCGUAUUCAGAUAUGAAUGUUUUGAUGUCGGGGAGCAAGAAUUAAGAUGAACGAGUGUGGUCUUGUUGUUCUCAUUUUAUCGUCGAAUUUGGCGAACAGCGAC